AUGAAGGGCAUCAUCUCUUCUCUCUUGAUCUGCGUAGGGGCCGUCCAAGCUUCAGUUCUGGACCUACUUCCACGACUUCUCCAACCUGAGAGCAAUAUUGUUGAGCGAGCCAAUGCCACCACUACUGGCGACUGCUCGCUUCAUACCAUCCAAAGUGGCGAUACAUGUUUUACCAUUGCAUCGGCAAACAAUGUCACCUGGGCACAGCUCACAUCAUGGAAUUCAGACCUCACUUCAACAUGCUCGAACCUUCAAGAUCUUGCCAGCGUAUGUGUCACCAACCCCUUAGGUACUUAUGCAAUGCCUACCAACACAGUCGGUGUGACAUCCAUUGUCACCGCAGCUGCUGCACUACCCACUGCUGCGAUGGGCGGGAGCAACACUGACUGCGGGCAAUGGUACCAAAUCCAGGGAGACGGAGACUACUGCGAUUAUAUGUCCGAAACAUUUGACAUUUCGCUUUCAGACUUUCUAUUUCUCAACCCCGAGGUUUGGGCAAAUUGUACAAAUCUCUGGGCUGGAUCAUACUACUGUGUUGAACCUGUAGGUUACAUAUCAACGUAUCCAGGGUACGGGCAGACAACAACAACAGUUCCCUUCAGCCAAACACCGACAACGACCAUGCCAUAUAUCGGUAGCCUCUUUGGGAACUACACAACAUCCGAUCCCGUGAUUCCACUUGCCAAUGGCACACGGAUCGAUUGCUAUGGGUAUAUUUGGUUCAAUAGUACCGACGGUAAUGAGGCUGCAGAUUGUUGGAAUCUUGCAACCGUGUUUGGUAACACAGCUUUAGUAUGUCUCACUCUUGCACAAAUUCUCGGGGAAAAGGGAGACCAGUUGGCACCAAGCAGUUCCUACUGCAUUAACUAUGCUUCUAGCACUUCCGUUGCUUCCGCAGUCAUCACACCGCAGCCUCUCGCAGCCGGCGAAACUGUGAACUGCACGCAAUGGUUCGCUCCACAAUCUUACAACACAUGUGAAGAUAUCCUUGUGAUAUUCAACCUCAAUAUCACUCAGUUUUAUGACUGGAAUCCAUCUGUUGGGUCCGAUUGUGUUGGCAUGGAUCUCGGAACUUAUUACUGCGUGUCGAUAUUCCCAGGCGGGCAACCCCCUUCGGAGCCAGAUCCAGACGGAGAUGCAACUCCAACUAGUACAAGUGUCUCGACACCAUCUCCAAUACCGACAGACACUGUAUCGAAUUGCGACAAGUUCGUUGAAGUUGUGUCGGGUAAUACUUGCGAAGGUGUUUAUACGGCAGCUAAUAUCACCUUUGCCACCUUUUUGUUAUGGAACCCGAGUAUAGGAUCAGGUUGCCAAUUUUUAGACUUGAACGAAUAUUAUUGUGUAGGCGUCUCCGGAACUACCUCAGCAACAGCAAUCUCCAGUACGACUGCGACUUCAAUGACUGCGAUUUCAACGCCUUCUCCUAUUCCAACAGAUACUGUCUCGAACUGCGAUGCCUUUGUUGAAGUGGUAACAGGGAACACCUGUCAAAGUGUCCUUGAUGCAGCCAACCUCGAUCUCGCCACCUUUUACAGCUGGAACCCGAGUGUUGGUCCGACCUGUGAGUUUUUGGAUCUGAAUGAGUAUUACUGCGUGGGAAUCUCCGCAGCAGUCACGACAACAUCCGCUGGCAGUGCAACUGCAGUUUCAACGCCUUCUCCAGUGCAGACUGGCAUUGUAUCAGAUUGCGAUCAGUUUUAUGAGGUUGAGACGAACGAUUCGUGUGAGAUUGUCGUUGGAAAGUACGGAAUAACACUCGAUGAGUUUUACUCUUGGAAUCCUGCGAUCGGGAGCUCGUGCCAAUUUUUGGAGUUAAAUGUAUAUGUAUGCGUUGGGAUCUCUUAG